AUGUCCGGCACCCGCUGCCGGACCCUGUACCCCUUCUCUGGGGAGAGGCAUGGUCAAGGACUGCGCUUCGUCGCGGGCGAGCUGAUUACUCUGCUGCAGGUCCCGGACGGCGGCUGGUGGGAAGGAGAGAAGGAGGACGGGGUCCGCGGCUGGUUCCCGGCGAGCUAUGUGCAGUUGCUGGAGAAGCCUGGAAUGGUACCCCCUCCGCCAGGAGAAGAAAGCCAGACCGUCGUCCUUCCACCUGGCUGGCAAAGCUACCUGUCCCCACAGGGCCGUCGCUACUAUGUCAACACGACCACCAAUGAGACCACCUGGGAACGUCCCAGCAGUUCUCCUGGGAUUCCAGCCAGCCCUGGCCCUCACAGGAGCUCUCUGCCUCCAACAGUGAAUGGAUACCACGCGUCAGGGACCCCAGCGCACCCUCCAGAGACUGCGCACAUGAGUCUCCGAAAAUCCACCGGUGAUUCCCAGAACCUGGGAUCCUCGUCACCAAGCAAAAAGCAGAGCAAGGAAAGCACCAUCACAAUAAACUGCGUGACGUUCCCUCACCCAGACACAAUGCCGGAACAGCAGCUGCUGAAACCAACUGAGUGGAGCUACUGUGACUAUUUCUGGGCUGAUAAGAAGGACCCCCAAGGCAAUGGUACCGUGGCCGGGUUUGAACUGCUGCUUCAGAAGCAAUUGAAGGGCAAGCAAAUGCAGAAGGAAAUGUCAGAAUUCAUCCGGGAAAGGAUAAAGAUUGAAGAAGAAUAUGCGAAGAACUUAGCUAAGCUCUCUCAGAACUCCUUGGCUGCACAGGAGGAAGGCUCCCUGGGAGAAGCAUGGGCCCAGGUGAAGAAGAGCCUUGCAGAUGAGGCAGAAGUUCACCUCAAGUUCUCCGCCAAGCUUCACACUGAGGUGGAGAAGCCCUUGAUGAAUUUUCGUGAGAACUUCAAGAAAGACCUGAAGAAGUGUGACCACCACAUCGCCGACCUCCGCAAGCAGCUCGCCAGCCGCUACGCUGCGGUGGAGAAGGCCCGGAAAGCUCUCACGGAGCGGCAGAGAGACCUGGAGAUGAAGACCCAGCAGCUGGAGAUCAAGCUGAGCAACAAGACAGAGGAGGACAUCAAGAAGGCCCGGAGGAAGUCCACACAGGCUGGAGAUGACCUCAUGCGCUGUGUGGACCUCUACAAUCAGGCCCAGUCCAAGUGGUUUGAGGAGAUGGUGACCACCACACUGGAGCUGGAACGGCUGGAGGUGGAACGAGUGGAGAUGAUCCGGCAGCAUCUGUGCCAGUACACCCAGCUGCGGCACGAGACAGACAUGUUCAACCAAAGCACGGUCGAGCCUGUGGACCAACUGCUUCGAAAAGUGGACCCAGCUAAAGACAGGGAGCUGUGGGUCAGGGAGCACAAAACAGGCAACAUCCGCCCCGUGGACAUGGAGAUCUAGAUGUGCCCGGUGGCCCUGGGGGGUCCUGCCCAGAAGAGGGGCUGGGGGUCCCACAGAGAGGAAGUGGCAGCUCCCGCCGUGGGGCCUGCUGCUUAGUGGAGCUGUCCCCCACCCACUCUCCUGGGCCACUGAGGCAAGGGGAAAGAGCUGGUGAUUCCAGAAAGGCGACCUUGACAGCAUAGCUGGAGG